AUGAGUCGGUUCAAGCGAAUCUGUGUCUUCUGCGGAUCGCAAGAAGGAAACGAUCCGGUCUACACCGAGAACGCGAUCGCCAUCGGGCAGAAGAUCGCGGAACGUGACGUGGGCCUCGUCUUUGGCGGCGGUAAGGUCGGUUUGAUGGGCAAAGUCGCCAACGCGGUUUUGAUCAAAGGCGGCGAGGCGAUCGGCGUCAUUCCCGACAAAUUGAUGCGGCGCGAAGUUGCCCAUCAGGGCCUCACCGAACUCUUCGUCGUCGAGAGUAUGCACGCCCGUAAGGCGAUGAUGGCGCAUCUCGCCGGCGCAUUCAUCGCGCUUCCUGGCGGCUGGGGGACGAUGGAGGAGAUGUUCGAAAUCCUCACGUGGACCCAGCUUCGGUACCACCUCAAGCCGAUCGGCAUGCUCAAUGUUAACGGCUACUACGAUUCGCUGCUGACCUUCGCCGACCACAUGGUCGCCGAGGGAUUCUUGCGGCCCGAGCAUCGUUCGCUGUUGAUUGCUGAAACCGAUCCCGAUGCGCUGCUCGAUCGACUCGAGGCGACGAUCAUUCCCGACGAUACGCGCUGGAUCGACAAAGUAUGA